AUUAUAUAAGUUUAAUAUUUAUUUGGUGACUUAAUUAAAUUUCAACUUAAUUAAUUACAUAUACAACUGUAUAUUGGAUUUGAGAUAACAAAUUCAAAAGUGAUUCAAACAAAAGUAGCGUUUAGUGAGACUCGUAAAUCGUGGCAAACAAUGACCAAUUGGAAAGUCCUGACUCUGACAGCCGUUACAAUCGGGUUGUGUGGACUCGUACUCAUAGUCACACUCUUUACAGCCACCGGUGGUUACGUGCCUUUUGAUUAUGGAGUAGUAUUAGAUGCCGGUUCCUCACACACACAGAUAACAUUAUAUCAUUGGUUGGCCAACAAAAUGAGAUGCACCGGUGUUGUCGAGCAACUGGACACCUGUCGAAUUGAGGGCGGAAUCAGUAGCUAUAAUGUAUCCGAUGUGUCAACUGUUGGUUAUGACCUAUUGGAGUGCAUACGAAAUGUUAGCAAAAAAAUAGAUAAGGAUAGACUAUAUAAUACUCCACUAUAUUUGGGUGCAACCGCUGGUAUGAGACUACUCAACAAAACCGACUCAAAUAAAGUCAAAUCUAUAUUUUAUUUAAUUAACAACGCGUUUAUACAAAAUACGGGACUACAGGUUAAAACUAUAGAUAUAAUUAGCGGUCAAAAUGAAGGACUUUUUUCAUGGAUUACAAGUAAUUAUCUAAUGGACAAACUUAUUGUCGAUGAAUUUGAUACCAAAUCGACGACAUCGACUACCGGUAUGCUCGAUAUGGGCGGUGCUUCGGCACAGAUAGCUUAUCGGGAAGCGGACAACGGAUUGCACUCCAAUGUCAACGAUGAAGUCAAUGUACGCCUCUAUGGCAUCAACCAUACAGUGCGAGCUUCAAGUAAUCUAUGUUUCGGUGCGGAUCAGGCAAUGUUAAGAUACCAAAUGUAUUUGAUUUUAUUAAAUAAAGACAAACAAACUAUUGAUAGUCCGUGUCAUCCAAAAUCAUCUCAAAUCAAUGCUAUCGGAAAUGACUUAAAAGAGCAGAUAUGUGUUAAACUAGUAAACGACAAAAUUGUUGAUUACAAUAAAAAUUAUACAUUUAUUGGAACCGGUAAUAAUGAUAACUGUUCCCAAAUUUUAACAAAUCAUUUAUUAAACAAAAGUGAAUGUCAAACAACUUUUGAUAUGUGUUUUGAUGAAUCGGCUAAUCCGCCGCCAAAUGCGACCCAAUUUUUCGCAUUGUCCUCAUAUUACUAUACGGUCCGUAUCUUAAAAUUGACACAAGAGUUCAUCGAUAAAGUGACUGCCGAUGAAUAUAAAAAUGAAAUGCAAAAGUUUUGUUCAUUGGAUAGACAAUCAAUGCUUAAGAAUCCAUUAGUGAUUGCAAAAUAUGUGGAUCUCUAUUGUUUUCAACUUCAUUACAUUUAUACAACAAUCAAAUAUGUUUACAAGUUUGCCGAUAAUAUGUGGCCAAACAUAAAGUUCACGAAUAGUAUAGGAAAGACAUCGUUAGGCUGGAGUUUAGGCUCUAUGAUCAACGCUACCAAUGCUAUCGCCGCCGAAAAGCCGACGCCACCGAUGGUUAAAGUGUUUCCCUUUAUAUUAGUCGUCAUAUUUUGCUCAUUAAUCCUAUUUUUAAGUAUAUAUUUUGCUAUCAAAUGGCACAAACAGUCGGACAAUCAAAAGAAAGAAAAGUACGAACCAAUUAGUAUUACUCCUUAAGACAACUCCAAGGACUUUGUCAUCCCUGAGCUGUCUUAAGACAGGUGUUAUAUUUUAGUGCUUUUUUAAUUAAUUAUUGCCUUUUUUCUUGUCAUUAAUAGAUUUCAGUCGCAGACAAAAUGAAAUGUAUUUUAAUUU